AUGCCAAAAUUCGCCGUUAGAGAGUGGGCUGAACUUAUUUCAGAUCCUAUUUCCAUGGGAGAACAAGAUAAACGAAUCUUUGAGCAUGCUGAUUUGCCUUCAGUAAAUGAUAAGUUGUCAAUAACAUUACGAUUGAAAAUUAAUAAACAUCGUUCUAAUUGGGCUACAAUUUUUCAUAAAGGUGCGGAAUCAUCAGAUUGUACCCCUAGCCUUUGGUUGACGAAAAACAAUUCCGCAUUAACUCCUCGAUUCAAAGGCAACUGGAGUAAUUAUGUAGGAUUUUCAGAGAUUGGUGAUGGACUUAUAUUAGACAAAUGGCACCAUAUAGCUUACACACUUUCUGAUCUUGAAAAAAGAUUAGAUAUCUAUGUAGAUGGUGAAUGGAUUGGAUUUUAUUCUAUUCCAAUAGUUAAAGACCAAAGAGUUAUUUUUAAUGAUGGACCAUUGCAUAUUGGAUGCGCUCACAAUUACUAUGGGUUUAUUGGCGAAAUUAGCAAUUUUCGUUAUUUCAACUGGCGUUUAUCUGCUGAGGAAGUGAAGGAAGACUUUUUCAAUGAAUCUCAGAAGAAGCCAAUUGUAUGCGGGUCAAAAAUUGCCCUCGUACAUGUAUCUACUAGAAAAUAUUUAUCUACUAAAGGAGUUAAAUACGAUUUUGCUCCAAAAAAUAAGCACUAUAUGGUUAUUUGUAGUGGUCAGGAAAUAGAUUUGAAAAAUGAUGUUUGGACAGUAAUUGGAGCUAAUGGUAAAAGUAUAAAUGAAGGGGAUCUUAUAUCUCUUAAUAAUAUUAUUGGAUUUAGACAUCAAGAAACAGGUUGUUAUUUACAUUCUCAUAAUACUAGUUAUGAGAGAGUUACGCCAAUAUCAAAACUACAACAAGUAACCUUGUGUUCAGAUAGAUGUAUGGAUGAUAAUUGGCUCAUUAGACGUUAUAAUUCUAUCACUUCAUAUGAUACCGGUCAUUUAAUGAAUGGUGAUAUCAUUUGUCUUUUCCAUAUUAAUACCAAUAAGCAAGCACUUUACAGUCAUACCGUUUUAUUAGGCGAUGAAUCUCAAGAAGUUUCUUGUUAUGGAGAUGGAAGUGAAAAUAAUAAUAAGUGGCGAAUUGAAUUAAUUAACUGA